AUGUGCGCUUACCUGAAAUAUCGCGGUUUCCGGAACGCCCGACUGGCCGGGAAGGAUGUGAAGGAUGCGGCUGAAGAUGACGAGUUCGGCACGACGAAGAUGCGAAAAAGACACUCGUGGGAAGAUUUCGACUGGAGACGGCGAGCGAUGGAGGCGACAAUUGGAGCUGGCAAAUGGACGAACGUCUUCAAAUCGGCCCACUCCAAUGAGAUGAGGAUGCUGCUCGAUUUGAAGAUAGCGCAAGCACGUGAAGACCGGGCAACGCUGGAACCGAAGGGAACACUUCAGAAAUGUUCUUCUCAACGACGAAUAAUGCCCGGCCAGCCUCUGAUGCCAAUGUUAACGGGAGCUCUGCACAAGAAAACGAAGGCCCGGACGGCGGAGGAGCUCCUCGGCUCUCCGAUCCUCAUGACGGAUGUGGACACGGUCAAGGGCGAGGAGAUGGCCGUCGAGAAGACGCAGCGCAAGGAGGCUGCCAAGAAGCCGUCGCCCGGCAACAUUUCGGCGAUGAGUGUGAACGAGCCCGAGGUUGAGAAGAAGCUGAUCGACGAGAACGCGCCUGCCAAGGGGUUCAACGUCAAUCCCGAUGAGAAAACGUUCGCCAACCUCAACUUUACGCCUCCGAGCUGGGGUGAGGCCGAGAAGAAGAAGCUGCUCCUCGACAUCUCCCUCUCGCCGAUUGUUGGUAACGCGAAGAUGAGCCAGCGCGACGAAGAGCAUCCCAACCAACCUGCCGUGAUGGAGCCGCUGGGCGACGACGAAGACCUGCCGGAGCAGUUCGGCGGUUUGGAGCUCAACCGCUCGAUGUCCGAGGCGGACUUCGUCGACUGGAUCGACAAUGACGACUCG